AUGCCCAAGCUGCAGAAACAGCAGCCGCCGGCCUAUUCAGGCAAAGCCAACACGUCGACGCCUCUGCAGACCACGGUACCAUACGAGCGCCUGCCAGUGUCCGCGCAGCAGCCCGUGCUUGUCACCAGCGCCGUGAAACCCAGUUCCUACCAUGACCUCCCGUCUACCAACCCAUUCUCCUCGAAUUAUGUCCCUCCAGCAGACUCGUCGCCUGCUCAGUCCAACCCCUUCUCACCCGUAUCUCCUUUAGUUGAAUCGAGGCCCGCUGAACGACUUUCGCAGCCAGAAACAGACGCACCCCAGCCCCAGAGAACUGAUCCGGCUCCGAGGAGAUCAGUUGGGCUCCGGCGGCUGGAUGGAAAGCCGUAUCCUGGCCCACAAUCGACAGACAAACCUGGAAAGCCAGUCAAGGUAGCAAAGGACAUGUUUGACGGCGCACUACCACCCGUGUACAAGCGUGAAGCAUCCGAUCCGAUCAACCCUACCGAGGUCGCACAGAUCCUCACAUCCACCUCGCAUGCCUGUACAAAGUGUGGAAGGAACCGCGGUGAAGCGCAUGCGGGCCAGGAUAACAACUGCACGCAAUGUGGGAAACGCAAGGCUAGCGUACCACCUGCUACUUCAGCGCCAACUCCUGCUACCGUACAUGGACGCACAACAUCUGAGGGAACUGUGUCUCACCGAUCCAGACUUUCAGAGAGCACGGCAGGUCCCUCGAAUUCGCCAGGCUCGACACAUGCAAAAUACUGCGCUAAAUGUGGCAAAUAUAAACGACCACCGCCAGAGGCAGUGGAACAGUCUUCGAUCCAGGAAUCCAGCACCAGAAGCGGUCCUAUUCGGGCUCCAAUUCCGGCUGCCAACCACCCAGCCGUCAGGAUGCACCAGGCUGGGCUAUCGAUUCAACCGAAUAUGGCCCCCGCCUCCAAUCAUGUGUACCCUCAAAUCGAUGUCAUUCCACCUUCAGCGUCCACCUACAGGCCGGUUAACUCUCCCUUUGCAAAUUACGGAGAUGAUUCUCCUUUGGUGGAGAAAGCCACAAAGCAGGAAUUCAAACUGUUCCGCAAUUCAUCCCUUGCACGGUCGUUGUCUCGCCGUCUGAGUAGAAAGGACAAGUCGGCCUCUGCGCCUCUUCCCAGCCAGCAACUAGCCGGCGGUGAAAAUCCGUCUGGUGAGCAAAGUGCCGGAAGACUGAUCAACAUGAUCAGCAGCGCGAUGCAGGGAACUCCGAAUGAUCAGGAUGCUCAAUACGCGAGACUCGAUGCGGGCGAGCAGCCGGAUCGCCCAGCAACACCUUUCUCAUUUGUCGGCGGGAAAGAUGAGCAAGACGCGUUCGAGAUGACAGACAUUCGUGAGCGAAACUCAUUUUCAGACCGGGGCAGCCUCAAGGAGGUCUUGGAAGUGGACACCUCAGCCUCCCGUCCCGAGCACGACCCUUCUACAAUUCCGCAAGACACCAUUGAUGUCUUGCCCAGGUCGAAGUCUGCAGUGCAGCACAGCCAACAUCUGUCCGUGGGAGACACGGAGCAGAAGCCACAAAUCACGAGGUUCAAGAGCUUGCGGAGCGGCGUUUCCAGGAUGAACAGCACUGUGAGCAGAUCUACUAGCCUGAAGAGAUUGGGCAGCUUGAAGACGGUUCAUCACAACUGGUACAGAAAUGAUAUGGCGAUUGAGGGCGCAACGGCUGACCAUGCUGUUCCUGCGUUCUGA